AUGGCGGCGGAUCGUGGCGGCGAAGGGCUGGGGUUGGAAGAGGGAAGUUUCGUGGUUCAUUUGGCACUGGUAUUGCCUGAAUCGGGGGUCGGAGCUGAGAGGAAUCAGCUCAGAAAGUCGGCUCGUUCCCCUCCCGAAUCCAGAAGAUUCUGGGUUUAUAAAAAUUGA